GCCCGCCCCGCCCCGCCGCGCGCGCGCGCUGGGACGGUGGACUUCCUGCGAGGCUGGGCUCGGGGUAUGGGCUGCUGCCGCCGGUGGAUGGUAAUUGCCUUCCUCGCAUGAGCUAGGAGGAACACCUGUUAACCUGACUUUACUGGACAUCAGCGCCCUUCCCGGAGUGGUCCUCUCAGCAAAUAUGGAAGACUGACUAUACUGACAUUUUCAGACGUUCUGUGCUGUGACUUGUAAGCCUGACAUCAACCUUCUACUUUUUAAGCUACUCUGCUACAAGGUAGAAUGAAACAGUUGCCUGCAGCAACAGUUCGCCUCCUUUCAAGUUCUCAGAUCAUCACUUCAGUGGUCAGUGUUGUAAAAGAGCUCAUUGAGAACUCCUUGGAUGCCGGUGCCACAAGCAUAGAUGUUAAACUGGAGAACUAUGGAUUUGAUAAAAUUGAAGUUCGAGACAAUGGUGAGGGGAUCAAGGCUGCUGAUGCACCUGUAAUGGCAGUGAAGUACUAUACCUCAAAGAUAAACAGUCAUGAAGAUCUUGAAAACCUGACAACCUAUGGUUUUCGUGGGGAAGCUUUGGGGUCGAUUUGUUGUGUGGCAGAGGUUUUAAUAACAACAAGGACAGCUGUUGAUAAUUUUAGCACCCAGUAUAUUUUAGAUGGCAGUGGCCACAUACUUUCUCAAAAACCUUCACAUCUUGGUCAAGGUACAACUGUAACUGCUUUAAAGCUAUUUAAGAAUCUACCUGUAAGAAAGCAAUUUUACUCAACUGCGAAAAAAUGUAAAGAUGAAAUAAAAAAGAUUCAGGAUCUCCUCGUAAGCUAUGGCAUCCUUAAACCUGAGUUAAGGAUUGUUUUUAUACAUAAUAAGGCAGUUAUUUGGCAAAAAAGUAGAGUAUCAGACCACAAGAUGGCUCUCAUGUCAGUUCUGGGGACUGCUGUUAUGGGCAACAUGGAAUCCUUUCAGUACCACUCUGAGGAAUCUCAGAUUUAUCUAAGUGGAUUUUUUCCAAAACAAGAUGCAGACCGCAGUUCCACAAGUCUUUCAACACCAGAGAGAAGUUUCAUCUUUAUAAAUAGUCGACCAGUACAUCAAAAAGAUGUAUUAAAGUUAAUCCGACAUUAUUACAAUCUGAAGUGUCUAAAGGAAUCUACUCGUUUGUAUCCCAUUUUCUUUCUGAAAAUAGAUGUUCCUACAGCUGAUGUGGAUGUAAAUUUAACACCAGAUAAAAGUCAAGUAUUAUUACAGAAUAAGGAAUCUGUUUUAAUUGCUCUUGAAAAUCUGAUGACGACUUGUUAUGGACCACUACCUAGUACAAAUUCUUAUGAAAAUAAUGAAACAGAUGUUUCCUCAGCUGACAUGGUUGUUAGUAAAACAGCAGAAACAGAUGUGCUUUUUAAUAAAAUAGAAUCAUCUGGAAAUAAUUGUCCAAAUGUUGAUACUGCAGCUAUUCCUUCCCAAAAUGUUGUACAUAAUGAUGAAUCUAGAAAUAACAUUAAUCACUAUUUAAAUUACGAGAUAAAUAUUAGUGACCAUUGUGAUGAUAAUUUUAGUAGUGAAAAUUCUAACAUUAAUAAGGACACAAUCCUAAUGAAUAAUUUAUCAUGGGACGGUGCCCAGAGUGAAUAUAGUAAAACUUGUUUUGUAGGUUCUACUAAGCAUACUGAAUUAGAAAGUGUCAGUAAAGGCCUCGUAGAUGAAGGUGGGGGAAAUAAUGAAGAAGCGGCUUCUGAGAGGUCUUUGGAAAUUUGUGCAGAUGACUGGAGCAAGGGAGAUGUACUUAAUUCAGUGGGAGAGAGUGCUGAACCUGUGAAAAUUGUAGUGCCUCAAAAAGGUUUAGCAUGCAAAGUUAGUAAUAACAACCAUCCAGGCCUUGAGCAAAAGAAUCUCAGUGGUGGUUUUUGUAGUAAAAAAUCAAAUGUAAUAGAUAACAAAUCAGGACAGCUUACAGCCUAUGAUUUAAUUAGCAGUCGAAUAAUCAAGAAACCCUUGUCAGCAAGUGCCCUUUUUAUCCAAGAUCAUCGUGCUCAGUUUCUCGCAGAAAAUCCUAAGACUAGUUUGGAGGAUGCAACAGGACAAAUUGAAGAACUGUGGAAGACAUUGAGUGAAGAGAAAAAGCUGAAAUAUGAAGAAAAGGCUACUAAAGAUUUGGAACGAUACAAUACUCAAAUGAAGAAAGCCAUUGAACAGGAGUCACAAAAAUCAUUGAAAGAUGACAGGAAAAAGAUAAAACCUACCAGCACAUGGAGUUUGGUGCAGAAACACAAGUUGAAAACCUCAUUAUCUAAUCAGCCAAAACUUGAUGAGCUCUUUCAGUCCCAAACUGAAAAAAAAAGAAGCAAAAAUAUUAAAACAGUAGAGAUCCCGUUUUCUAUGGAAAACUUAAAGAUAAAUUUUGAUAAACAAAAGAAAUUGGACUUACAAGAUAAGAAUGAACUUUGUUUGGUUCAUAAUCUUAGGUUUCCUGAUGCAUGGCUAAUUACAUCCAAAACAGAGGUAAUGUUACUAAAUCCAUAUAGAGUAGAAGAAGCCCUGCUCUUUAAGAGACUUCUUGAGAACCAUAAACUCCCUGCUGAGCCACUGGAAAAGCCAAUUAUAUUAACAGAAAGUCUUUUUAAUGGAUCUCAUUAUUUAGAGGCUUUAUAUAAAAUGACAACAGAUGACCAAAGAUACAGUGGAUCAAUUUACCUGUCUGAUCCUCGUCUUACAGCAAAUGGCUUCAAGAUAAAAUUGAUACCAGGAGCUUCCAUUACUGAAAACUACUUGGAAAUAGAAGGAAUGGCUGAUUGCCUCCCAUUCUAUGGCGUAAUGGAUUUAAAAGAAAUCCUUAAUGCUAUAUUAAACAAAAAUGCAAAGGAAGUUUAUGAAUGUAGACCUCGCAAAGUGAUAAGUUAUUUAGAGGGAGAAGCUGUGCGUCUGUCUAGACAACUGCCUAUGUACUUACCGAAAGAGGACAUCCAAAAUAUUAUCUACAGAAUGAAGAACCAGUUUGGAAAUGAAAUUAAAGGGUGUGUUCAUGGUCGCCCAUUUUUUCAUCAUUUAACCUAUCUUCCAGAAACUCAGUGAUUAAAUGUGUUUAAGAAAAUUACUUACUACUGAAAUUGAUUAGGUCAUAAAAAAAUGAGUCAGUUUUUAAACCCAUUUGUAUUAUGUGUCAAGUGAUUUUUUUUUUUUAUAAAUUAGGAUUCUCUAGCUUGUUUGUAUAUUGAGAAAAGUUGUAAAAAAUUUAAAUAAAUUAAUAAUAGUCUAUU